AUAAUAUCCGUAGCAGUCCCAGUUUCCAUUCAGCCACCAAGUUCCCUAACAAAAGGAAACCACGCAGACUGUCAUCUGUCUAAAGAGUUGACAUGAAUGAAGAAAACAGCACUCCUUUUUCCUCUGGCCCUGAGUUUGAACAUACACAAAAAUCCUCGUCACAGGGUGUAGAAACACACCUCCUUGUGAAUGAGAAUGGACUGACUGCAGCCCACGAUUCUCCAUGGAUGGAGUAUAACCAAGGCAUGAAAACAGAACAGUUAAAAAUUGCCUGCACAAGCCAAAACGGUGGAAAUGAGCCAAACAGCAGUGGGACUAAACAUCUGGGAACAAUACUUGAAAAUAAAGCAGCAGGGAAUGAAGCACAGGAUGUGGGGAGAAUGCAAGAAUGGCCAGAUAAAGAAUGCAAUGCAUCCUUUGGGAGCACUCAUAUCACAGGCCUGCUCAAUGGCCUGUUAGUAGACUCAAUCCAGACAGACAGCAUGGCAUCUAGACUGCGACUGUCUAAAGAGAGUUCUGGAAAUACUGUCAGUGAAGAAGAGGCAGCAAGCUCAAGCAGCGUACUGGAAGUAGUGACAGAGGAAGGACAGGAUCAUGUGACAAAUGUAUCACAUGAGAACAGGACGCGGGCAGAAGACGGAUUUGCAAGAAAUGAAGAAAUCACUGAGAAAGAGACAAUCCAACUGAGAGAUAACCAUGAUGGCUUCAGUUCUACUUUUGAGAGAAUUGUGGAGUCUGAUCUCAUGAAGGGCACUUAUUAUAGUAGCUUGGAUUCCCUUGAUGUAUUGUCACUGACAGAUGAGACAGACAGCUGUGUUAGUUUUGAAGCUCCCCUUACACCACUCAUCCAACAAAGAAUUAAAGAAGGUCCAGAACUUUUGGAACAAAAACUUGUUGCCAUUCAGCAUGAUCUGCUAGAGCUAAGUACUGUCGAUGAAAAGGAGCAGGGUGUGAGUAAUUCUACUGAGGGCACCUAUGGAAGCCCACUCCGGAACUCAAUUACCAGCAGCAAAUCAGAGAAUGUCCUGAGCAGGUCAUCCUUGAAAAAUGUGCCAAAUGGAUUUCAUCUUAGCACAGAUGGCACAUUAGAUGAUGCCAGCAAGAUUUCAAACUCAAUCAGUGAUGCCAACUUGAAAGAUGUUCUUUCAGACUCAGACUCUGAAAUGGGCAGCUCUGAGCAGCUUGAACAGGGAAGCACAGACACUUUAGCAAAUGGCUGCAAAGCAGACACAGAUGCAGCUAAGAGACUUGCAAAGAGGCUGUAUAACCUUGAAGGAUUUAAACGCUGUGAUGUAGCACGGCAUCUUGGUAAAAAUAAUGAAUUUAGCAAGUUGGUAGCUGAAGAAUACCUCAGCUUUUUUGAUUUUUCUGGUCUAACCCUGGAUAGAGGACUUAGGACAUUUCUGAAAGCAUUUCCAUUAAUGGGAGAGACUCAAGAGAGGGAGAGAGUUUUAAUCCACUUCUCAAAAAGAUAUUGCCAGUGUAACCCAGAUGGAAUGACUUCAGAAGAUGGCAUUCAUACGUUAACAUGUGCAUUAAUGCUGCUCAACACAGACCUUCAUGGACAUAAUAUAGGGAAGAAAAUGUCCUGUCAGCAAUUUAUUACAAACUUGGAUGGUUUGAAUGAUGGCCAUGAUUUUCCAAAGGAUUUAUUGAAGACUCUCUAUAACUCAAUAAAGAAUGAAAAGCUGGAAUGGGCAAUAGAUGAAGAUGAAUUACGGAAGUCUUUGUCAGAGCUCGUCGAUGACAAAUGUGAAAGUGGACUCAAGAAAGUUACGAGAAUAGUGGAUAGCAGCAACCCUUUCCUUGAUAUCCCUCAGGCAUUUAAUGCAGCUACAUACAAACAUGGAGUCUUGACUCGAAAAAGCCAUGCUGAAAUGGAUGGGAAAAGAACUCCCAGGGGAAGAAGAGGAUGGAAGAAAUUUUAUGCUGUCCUAAAAGGAACCAUACUAUACCUUCAGAAGGAUGAAUACAAGCCUGAUAAAGAACUUUCAGAAGUUGAUUUGAAGAAUGCCAUUCGCAUACACCAUGCCUUAGCAACAAAAGCCACAGAUUACAGCAAAAGACCAAAUGUUCUCAAGUUAAAAACCGCAGACUGGAGAGUAUUCCUCUUUCAAGCACCGAGUGAAGAGGAGAUGCUGUCGUGGAUUUUAAGAAUAAAUAUAGUUGCAGCUCUGUUCUCUGCACCAGCAUUUCCAGCUGCCAUUGGUUCUAUGAAAAAGUUUUGUAGACCUCUUCUACCUUCAUCUACUACUAAACUUUCCCAGGAGGAACAAUUGAGGUCCCAUGAAAACAAAUUAAAACAAAUUUUGGAGGAAGUGGAGGAGCACAACUCCCACCCUGCUGACAAAACUCUCAAGUCUAAGGAAGCAGAAGAGUACAGACUUAAAGAGCACUACUUAAUAUUUGAGAGAAGUCGAUAUGACACGUAUAUCCAUCUCCUGAAAGCCAAAUUAAAGGUGGAAAGUGAUGACCUAGAAAAAAUCGAAGCUAGUCUUCUCUGCAGUGAAACAGAUGAAAGUUACUUGAGAAAGACGCAGUCUAGUCCCUCACUUAACCAAGGACACAUGUCUCUAAAUGGAAGAGCCGAAAGCAAGGAAAUUCUGGAAACAAUAAGCUAAGAAAAAAUGAAGAUGGUGUACAGGGAUGAUGGUGUCUGAAUCACAGAAGAGCACAAUUGACUGUUUCACUGACAAUACCUUUGGAUGUUCGAAAUAUCCUUUCAAAUAAGAGCUAUGUAUUGAACACCUUAGCAUUCUAUAUGUAACAAGGUCCCAUGUUUCCAGUGUUAAAAUCCAACUUACACUUUUUUGCCUCAAUUCCAGAAUCCCUGUAUACUCACUUUGGCUGGCAGAUGUGUUGUUUAAUGCCACAAUGCCUUUCUACUAGCAUGUUUUUCCAAUUUAUGCUUGAUUUAUACCAAUUUACUUCCGCUCUGUUGUUUCUGGAAGCACAGAAACUCAGGCCCCUUUUUUAAUUUAUUCUUUCCAGAUUAUGCUGUGUUGCUACCAACACACUAAUUAGCAGCAGGACUGCAGUGCCACUAUUUAAAACGUUUUUAACAAAAACUUGAAAUUUACAAAAAUAGAAUAUGCCUAAGUUUGCAAUAAUAACCCAAUCAUAUAUUAAACAAAAAAAAAAACAUAAAACAUUUGUUGCACAUGAUAGGUGAAGAGAUAUUGCUUGAUUUUACAAUUCUAUAGCUGUUAUGCUGUAUAUAAAGCACUAUUAAGGUAUACAUAUUGCAAAGAAAAAUAAUGGCAGUGUUACAAAUCAUGUUUUAAGAUUUUGAAAUUUCAAUGGUACAAAAUGUUUUAAAGUAAGGUUUUUUAAAACAGUGUGUAUAUAAUCAGCUAGUAUUACUGCCUCUUUGUUAUUUGCUACUGAUUUCAAAAAUCAGUAGUACAUUAUAGGAUUUUUCCCUUUCUCUGUCAACAAGCUACUUUUCUAGUAAACAUAAUAUUUAAUUCUGCGAAGGAGGUGAAAACAUAUUUUCUUCCUUUGAUUACUGUGUUUUCAAUAUGGAAUAUGUAUGUGGAUAUUUAUAUACUGUGUAAUAUGAUCACUCUGUCUACAAACUGCAAUUUACCAUAUUUAUGGAGAUGUACGAAGUGGAAUGAGAAACAGGCUAAGAAAUGCAGUUCCCCUCAAAUGUACUCAUCUGCCAGAAUAUCUUUUUUUUUUUUUGUGCUGGCGGAACAUAAUGAAAUGAAGCUUCUCCUCAAAGUUUUCAUGUUGAGGAUGGUAUUGGUGACAGGGUCUGUUAUACUGUAUCUGUAUUUUUAUUAUAUUCCAUAUAUUACCAUUUUUAGAGAAGAAUAUAUGGCCUAAUGAAUAUACCAGUAUACUGUACAUCAAAGGUUGUGUAAUGAAGAUAUUUCAUUCAUAAUGCCAUUCUAUAUUUGAAUAUGCUAAAAUAAUUCUUGAAAACUGAGCUUGCAUACGACUAGAAAGUCAAGAUCUUACCAUGCUAAAUGCAAGCAGCUAUGAAAAGUAAUUGUCAUAUUAAAAAAAGUGUGGUUGUAGAAAACAAGUUAACAGGCUCAAAGUUGAGUUUAGUCACAAAUGUAUGAGUGCAUGGGAAAAAAAGAGGAUUCAGUAGUUCAGCAUCUUAGAUGAACCAACGGUCCAGUGCAUUAAAAAACUGUGGGUGUGGAUUUAGCACAGAAACAAAAGAAGCUAAAAGUGAAUCAAAUCAAACAACAGAAAUGUAUUUAAAAAAGAAAUAAAGAAAGAAAGAAAGAAUUUAAAAAAAGUGUAGAGUUGCAAAAACAGCAAAUUUGUGACUCUUUUGAAUCACCAAUUUCCACAAUGUAUGUAAUGCACUUUGUUUUGCAGAUUAUUUUACAUUCAACUGGGAUCUAAUCAGUGAGAAUACAUUAAAGUACCAACCAACACAUUACAACUUUGAUCUACCGUAUAUACUUGCGUUUAAGUUCUCCUACGGAUAAGGCAGGGCUUGAUUGUACCGUAUAAUUUCAGGUACUUUAUAAUGUUGGUUGUAUAAGUUAAAUGCCGAAAACUGAUGCUAUUGGUCCAAGAGAUUAUAAUACGCUAAUGCCCACCUGACAGAGUAAC